GGGGGUGUGGAUGUGCGUUUCACCCAGGAACCUUCUGAUCCAAGCUACUUUAACAAUGGUACUGAUGCCAACCUGGUGUGGGACUACACUGACCCACAUAAUAUCGUUCAGAGCAUUAUCUAUAGUGUUCUGGUAGAUGGUAUAUUUGUCAGAAUGAUAGUUAAUGAGAGUCGUGGUGUCCAAGAACAUCCUAACAUUCCUCCAUCUUACAAAGGACGAGUUAAAAUUGAAGGAAGAGCUACCCUGGUUAUUAAGAACAUCAACCCUGAAGACAAUACCAAAUUUAGAUGUGAACUCAUUGGAAGCUUUAUCAACAUUUUUCAAAGUACAAUGCUGCUUAUUGUGGCAGGUAUGUAUUAAAGAAAUAACCAUACAUAAUCAAACAUAAAUCAAAUGCAUCCAACUCAUAACUCUCAUAUUUCUGAUCUCUUACUUCUGGAGAAAAUAAACAAUAGCAUCAAUUUGCGCAAAAUUUAUAUGCAGGGCUGAAAGUGGCUUGCUAACUGGACCUUGGGAAAAAUAAUGCUACUUUAGCAUACAACACCACACUCCUAAAAGGAUAAAACAUAUUCUACAAUUCAGUUUACUGUUUCUUAUCAAUAAGAAAUCAAAUACUUAUCAAAGAUUUAUUACUUUAUACUUCUGGCACCAACUACUGGGUUGCUCUGUUAUGCAUAGAUAACUAUUAUUAAUAUGAGUACUGAGAUGUUCUCUCAGCAAAGCUGUCACUUACAAGUGGUCAGUCAAAAGUAGAAACAAUGCAACUGGUUGUACGAUUUUGCUGAAUCAGUGAAGGAAAAUAUGAAAUGAGCAAUCACAGGCAGCAUGUCAAAUUGAUUUGGUGUGAAGAAAGUGGCAUUGCUUUUGAAGUCACUUAAAGGGACUUGCCAAGAGAGUGAAAGUCGCAUUAAGCCAUUUGCUGCUCUCUGAGGAUUAUGAUCUUCAAGGUUCACAGAUGUAAGUUUAGUCAACAGAAUGGUGACUUACUCAAGUAUGUCCUAAAACUAAGGAGGGAUUCGAGACUUGGAAAAUUUGCACAUGGAGGAAAACUUUCUUAAAGUUAUGGUAGCAGUAAACCAACAAAGUCUAUAAUCCAAGCUCUUUAUGCUCUUUGAAAGACGCCUCGCAUGCAUGCGAACAGAAAAAAUUUCAAUGAUGAUCAACGUGGCAAGUUAGGGUUGCUGUUCUUAGCAGAUGCUGUUAUUCAUGGAGGUCAGUUCAAUAGCUCUAAUUUUAAUGCUGACUUUGGAUGCUCCACUGAGAAACUGGCUGAAUUCCACAAAGAGCUCCGAGCGACUAAAAGUAUCUAAUUUCAAUUUAGAGUAUGAAACACUUUGUAAGCUUAUGCAACCUAAAACUUUUCACGUAUAAAACGGAAGCGAAAUGUUAAUUGAACAGACCUUUUAAUCUUCUCUCAGGGUGUUUUACCUUUCAUAUAGUAUCUUGGGUAUCCUGACAACGUUAAGUACAUGAAAACGAGUGUGACAUUAAGUAUGUAACCUCUUGGUCAUUUGUGAUAUCUCAAUACUCAUGUACAAUUUACUUCAUUGUUUGCUUGAACGAUUUCAUUCAAUGGUGGAGAAAAAUUAAAACUCACUGUUUACUGUUUUUUAUCGUCUGCGACUCGUGACUAAAAAAAUUUUUGUGCUUACCAGCCAUUACAUAAUCUUCUCCCUUUCCUUGUCAAUGUACAGCUUUGUGACAUCUGAUUAAAUCCACUCCCUGACAUAUAUCAUUUGCAAGUAUUGAUAUAUCUGCAAAGUAUUGCUUAACAUAUGAUUUCAAAACUUAAAAACAAAUGGAAAAAGGAGAAGGCUCUUAGAAGAUGUAAUGGAUAGUCUGUCUUCUUUCAUCUCUACCAAAAUGCUGGUUGUCAUGUACAUGUAGAUUGCGUUUGGACAAAAGUUGUGGCAUAAAGAAUGGGAUCUAUUAUGUAAAUAGAGAAGUGUGUUAGUGACUUAGAUUCUCGUUUGACCAGUUUGACAGCUAUUCACUCCCUAGUUCUCUUCUGUCUGCCAGCCCCAUAUCCAAGAUGUCCCAUGCGCUUUCAAUAGUUUUGCAGGUUUUGACUUAGUGUGUUACCCAUGAUCCUUUUGGUUUUGGGUUUCGAAAAAAUUUCAUCUUUAUCCUUACUAUAUUUCAUCUUCAAGUGAUUAUGGCAUAGAGUCUUCCAUGUUUAGCCAAGUAGAACAAUUAAAUUUAGCCUACAUCCUAAGGUUUCUGCUAUUUUACUGCGAUGACAUUGAUGAGGCUAAUGCUCCCACGGUUUCUGCGAUUUGAAGACAGUUGAGUUUUUUUGUUCCUUUUGAUAGGUUAAUUUCAGUUCUCUGGGUUUAGGAUGUCUUCAUUAGAUCAUUUGUCAGACCAAGUUCUAAGUUAGGUGUGGCUCAAUUGGCUCUGUUCCUAUUUGUUUGUGCAGCAGCAAAAAAUUGAAAAAAAAAGGGAGAAGUGUAGAAGCCAGGGUCCUUAGCCUAAUUUAGCCUGUAAGGAAGUUUUCCAGUCGCUAGCAUCAACAGGUUAACUUGUAAUGAAUGAAGUUUGAGCCUCCCUCAACUAGUUGGUUGUUGAGGAUAACUUGCUGGAUACUUUUGUUUUUGUUUGGAAAUUGGAUAAAUUUUAAGACUCAUUCCAAGUAAGAUUUGCUACGCCAUAUGAAGAACGUUAUAAUCUUUUUUUUUACCUUUCAGAGGCACCACGGAUAUACCUCUCUCUAGGAGGAAAAUAUUUCAUUGAAGGAUCCCCUGUCACCGUAGCCUGUACAGCUUCUGGGAAACCACCGCCGGAUGUAGCAUGGAUUAGACAUGGAGUACUGGAAAGUUCAGGGAAGAAAUCUGCGUCCUUAACCCUACUUCUGCUGGUUAAAAAACGCACAAAUUUGUCCACAUUCAGUUUUUAAUUCAUAUCUCAACAAAUAUUUACAGGAAUAACACCUACAAUAUGUCAUUUUAAAGUGUAUAAAAUGGGCUUCUCAGGAAAAAAAUUCAUCAUUGAAACCCAGGACUUUCCUAAAAAGUAAAAUUUAAAACACAAAAUAAGUAAGACAUAGUGUAAAACUUGAGGUCAAAGUCACUUUUCCUCACAGGUAUAGGUUACUUAAGAUUAAUUGAUAGCAGAAGUUAAUUAAAGUUCGAUAAUAUAAACAGAAGAGAUGCAGGACAAUAUACAUGUCGAGCCAAUAACUCAGUGGACGUCACUUCCAUUGACACAAAAAUUGUAGUUUACUGU